AUGAAUCUGGAGCAGUGGGGCUGGCUCGCGUACUACCCGCAGCUGCACCGCCUCCACACCAACGGGGCCAACUGCCUUCUCACCUCCUUCACCGUCAAGCUCCGAUAUCCUAGUACCUUUGUCUCGGCUGAGCUGCGCUACAACGACAACGUCCCAAGUGGCUUUGACGACGGCUCAACUGGGAAGCCCGGCGGGCUGGUGCCCCAGGGCGACCAGUUCUACUCGGUCAGCAGCAGCGACCCCACCUACACCUUCUACACCUUCUACACCACCGCCAGGCCCGGCCUGGCCCUGCCCUCGGUGGACUUCUACUGGCUCGUGCUCUCGCUCAAUCAACCUAUGGUGUCUGGGUGGACUGCGGGGCAGCCCAACUACAACGAGAGCAUCACAGUCGACAAAAUGUACUACCGCGCAUCUAAUGGCGAGACCCAGCACCUCAGCUCCCGCACGGGCAUGAUCAAGCUCUACGGCUGCUGUGAUGCCCCCUCGCCCUCGCCGUCGACGUCACCCUUCGCCCUGCCGGUGGCGAGUAGAUUCACCAACGGCCCGCCCGACGUCGAGGCCGUCUCCAUUCCGACCGCGCAGACCACGACGAGCGCCCAGUGCGCGGGCAACGUCAUCGUGGGCCUGUCGGGCACCCGCAUCGACUUCUCCUACUUCAUCCGCCUCGGCGGCGCCGGCAGCACGGAGACCAAUGUGACGACGGUGGCCUACAUCGUCGACAUGUCUACGGCCGCGCUUCUGGGCCAGGUCGACGUCUCGGCGCACAUGCCCACCGUGGCCAACGACACCUACACCCGAGUGACCGCCAGCAUCCCCACAUCAAGACUGGUGGCAUCUCGCUCCUACUGGCUACCGUUUUGCUUCACCUCCACCACGGAGACCACUCGCGGCUUGGCCGCGCGGCAGGAGGGCUCGAUCGGCAUGGGGGGCGUGGCGGCCAGCGGCGGCAAGACCACGGUGGGCUCGUGCUCAGGCGGCCCGUCGUGCAAGCCAGACCUCCAAACCGGCAGCCUGGCCACCGUGAUCUCAAGCUCCUCUACGACAAGUGACGGCGGUGACAGCGAUACGGUCGCGAUCGCGGCGGGCGUGGCGGUGCCUGUGGCGCUGGUGCUGGUGGGGUUGGUGGCGUGCCUGGUGGUAUACAUCGCCUACAAGCGGGCCAGGAGCCGACUGGAGCAGCUGCCGCCGGUGCGCCGGCGCAGCUCGGUGCGGAACACUUCGCUGGAGCGCGAGCUGCAGAGGGUGCAGGGGAACGACUUGUCUGAGACGAAACUCUCUGUCUCGGCGGAUCAGCACCACAAGCUCAACAGGCAGUCUUGGGUGAGCACUUGA